UGAGGAAGGGGGCUGAGAGUAGACACUUUCUGCUCUGCCUUGACACAGAAGCCACCGCAAUGAAGCUCCACACCACAGCAAUCCUGCUCCUCUUCUGGCUUGGCAUCUUCACUGUGCACACAGUCAAAGGGAGUGCCAGUAGCGAGGCCAUGCGCAAAUUCAAAUGUGUAAAUCUGUCUACAAGUCGGUUGAACAUCCAAAAUCUCGUGAGGUAUGAAAGGCAACAAAUACCAAUAAAUGCCAUCAUGUUUAUUACUGCAAGAGGUAUCAGGAUCUGUGUAAGUCCUGAUCAGAAAUGGGUGCAGACUGCUAUAAAGACUAUAGAUGAAAAGCGUACUGCAAAACACAAAUAAUCCAAGCAUCUAAGGCCAACCAUCUGGAAUCAUCAUCAGUGCUGCAGAUAACAAGGAAGAAAACCUUACUAUCUGCUUUUAUUUCCUAUUUAUUAAGUGGCAAUAAAGUCUUUGAACAAACA